AUGGCUGAAUCUCUGGUAUUCCCAUACGGCUCGCCUGAACCACUCAAGGGACUACGCCUCGCUGCGCACCCUAGACCCAUCCAUGGACCUGAACAAGUGCUUGUCCAGUUCCUCGCGGUCCCCAUCAAUCCACUAGACCUUCUGGUCAUUCAUGGAAAAUACCCAAUCAAGCCACAGAGUAGCAUCCCCAACGAGGAUGGUGAGUCACUGGCAAUUCCGGGCUCUGAUGGUGCCGCUCGUGUCGUCGAAGUGGGCACCGGAAUCCAGAACUUGGCCGUCGGCGAUCUUGUGAUUCUACGUACCCAUUGCAAAGGUACUUGGCGAACCCACGCGGUGCUUGAAGAGGACGACCUCAUCCGCCUCCCAUCCACUGUUCCCCCACACCUGGCCUCCAUUCUACGCAUGGGGAUUGCUCCGGCUUACUUCCAGUUGCGAGAGUACUGCAACCUCGAGCCCGGCGACUGGAUCAUCCAGAACGCCGCUAACGGAACUAUCAGUCACUUCAUCAGUCAACUUGCCCCACUCUACGGCAUCGGAGUUAUCAGCGUGAUCCGCAGUCGAGCUAGUGCUGAUGAGUUGGAACGUACCAAGCGUUCGUUGCGCUCGCACGGUGCCAGUCUCGUGUUGACGGAAGAUGAGCUCCACUCGACCAACGCCUUUGACGGGAAGAGGGUCGUGAUGGCGAUCGAUUCCAUCUCUGAUGAUGAUCUCGCCCGCCAUAUGGCGACCCACCUUACGCCCGGUGGAACUCUGUUGACUGCUGGGUUUCUCGGCCCAAGAGUUUCGUCCGAUGGGAACCUGCGACAGUUCCUGUGGCAGCGGAAUAUCACGCUGAAAUCCUUUCGGUUGAGUGACUGCCUGGGGCGAAAGGACGGGCCGAAGCAGGAGGCGCUCUUUGAUUGGUUCGCCAAACUGUUGACGCAAGGAAUUUUGAAGGCACCAGCGCUUGAAUACGUAGAGUGGAAACGAGGGGCCCCACAGAUUGAACAGACGCUUCGUGAGGCAAUUCACCGAUCUCACGAAGGGGCGAUUGGAUCUCGCAAGCAGAUAUUUGUGUUUCAGGAGUAG